GCAAUCCAUAGCAUUAGUCCUUAUCCCGUCUCCAGCCUGAAGUCUGCACCUAGGACCAUUGGCCAAAGCGGAGCAACUUGCCACACGCGUCACCAGGGCGGCGUCGCAAGGCAGCACACUGGCGUAACAGCCAAAGUCGCCGAGCAAGGGGUGCUGGGUUCUGAUCAGCGGCUGCCACGCGUAUGUGGACCCACCAUGCCAUCCAUCCCUGCGAACUUCCGGACAGGCCCACCGUGUUGUCUGACGUGUCGGUUCAGCAGCUCAUAUUGCAUGGUAGUAUCAUACUAGACUGUGGGAAAUGCGUCAAACUGAUGUUUGGGCAAGGUGGGCGCUACUUGCUUGCGUCCCCAAACUUACUCCCGUCUUUACAUGGCAUUGAUUAGUAGAUAGAAUGCAUGCAAAGGAACAAGACCAUAUCAGAUUCUGCGAAAGGAGCUACUCCUCAACAUCGCGAUUCAGUGCACACAGCUGCAACAAUUCUUUAGGAGGCCUAUUUGACGCAGUGAGCACACAGCAUUAGACCUUCAACAUAUACUGUAAGAAUAGGAAUACCUGUAGGACCAAACGAGGCUGCGGAGACAGAACAGUCCCACACCGUCCCGAAAUUGCAGCUACAGGCAAACGCACAGGCUAAGUCCGAGUCCCACAAGCUGGCUGCACUGCAGUAUUUGAUAUCGAGUGGAAAGAGCGAACCGAGGAUAGGUGCUCGAGCCCGGCUACGGGAGAAUGGCAAAGCGGAAAGCUGAGCACGAUGCCGAGGGUGCACCGGCAGCCAAGGCUCGUCGCCCGAAUGGCUACUGGCGUCCAUUCAACACCUGGUGGCGCGUCUACCAGGAGGACCACGGUCAGCGGCCCUCGGUGAAGGACAUGACUGACUGGCACACCGCAAACGCCAAGGCUGCGUGGGGCUCUGCGGACGUGCCGCCGCUAACGGACAUGCUCAAGACGGCCAAGGGCCUGCGGCCGCUGCAGCUCGUCCGGAAGUAUUUCUGCGAGUACCGCCGGAAGAAGCGGGAGGCCAAGGUGGUAGGCGAGUCGCCGCUUAAAGGCGUGUCCGCUGGCCCCGUGAGCAAGCCGAGCUGCGCCGCCAAGCCCCGCGGCGGCCGCAUCGGCUCGAGCAGCAGUGAGGACGAGGGCCCUGGCUCCGACGCCGAGUCCGACAUGACGGACAUCGAGGACGCGGUGCUUGCGGAGCUAGCACAAGACGUGGAGGAGGCUACUGGCGGUCAGCAGCAGCCCCAGCAGCCCAGCUUCCCGUCGCACCUGGUCAGCGGUGCCACAGCCGCGCGGCAGGCCUACAACGUGGCCUGCGCUGCCGCUAUAAUGGCUGCUGCUACCGCGGCGGCCGCUGCCGCGCACGCCAUGCACGCGCCCACUGCCGGCUUCGAGAGCCAGGCUGGCACCAGCGGCGGCGCACAGGAGUCGGAUCAGGAGGCGCUGUGCUACACGCCGCAGCCGGACGUGGAGGCCUUCGGUGCGAGCCUGGCUCAUCAGGGCUCAUGGCUGCAGAGUGUACAAGAGGCCGCCGCCACCACGGCACUGGACCCCGCCGGCUUGGGCUUCACACAGCCGCCGGCCGCGCACACAGGCGGCAGCCACGCGCCCAGCCCGGCGGGCGCCGCCAUCUCGCCGCCCAUGCCCUCCGCCAUUUGCACCAUGCCCUCCGCACCCGCGUGCGAGGGCGCCGCCGCGCCGCACCUGCCGCGCCACCAGCUCGGCGGUCGUUUCGACAGCACUGCCGGCAGCGCGUCCCUGCCCUCGUACGGCAGCGUGCCCCCGCCGCCCCUGCCGCCUCACGUGACGCGGCACGUGCACCUGCAGCCGCCACACGGCCCGGCGGUCUCGGAGCUGCCCGGCGGCGGCUCUCGCUCGCAUUCGCUGCCGUGCUCAGCCUUGCCGCCGGCCGCCGGCCCCCAGCGCUUCACGGCGCCCUCGGGUUCGCUGAACGGCGACCUCGCCGUGGCCGCGCCGCCGGUCGAUUCGUGGCAUUACUACCACGUUCAGCAGCAGCACGCGCACCAGCACCACGCGCUGGCACCGCCGCCUCAGCCGCCGCACGGUUCAGCCGCCGCGCCGGCGCCCUACCGCUGCGGCCCCUCCGGCUACCCGGCGCACCCCGUCUACCCUCACGGUUACCCGCACGGGUACAGCGGCUACGGCGGCUAUACUGGCUACGGCGGCUACGGCUACCCGCCGUACGGCAUGCCGCCGCCGCCGCCGUACGGCUACGCGCCCGCGCCGUACGGGCGCUACAGCAGCAGCACCUCCGCACCGCCGCCGCCGCCCUACGCGCCGCCGCCCUACCCCUACCCCUACGGGCACGGCAUGCCGCCCGGCUACCCGCAGUACGGGCACCCGCAGCAGCCCGCCGCUGCCACCACCGCGCAGCCGCACCCGCACCUGCACCCCCACGCCAGCGGCCCCGCGGCCUCGCACGAGCAGGCUGGCCACAGCCUGACGAGCUUUCACGAUGACGUCGACCUCGACGCCGUGCUGGAGGCGGAGAUGGGCGACCACUACCAGCAGGUGCAGCAGCAGCAGCAGGCGACGCGGCCCAGCGAGGGCGGCAAGACGGACGCCUUUGCCGACCUGUGGGUGCGCUGGGAGGAGGACACGGGCGCCGACGCCGCGCCGGCGGUGUGCAAGGACGCCACGGCCUCGGGGCCGGGCAUGCAGCCGCGCACGCGUGUGCCGGUGCACGUGUUCCACGAGUAAGCGCGCGCGUGUGGACAUGUGCGGCUGUGAUUGUGGCAACUACGGGCAGGAGUGGCAGCAACGCUGCGGGCGGCGGCGUGGAGCUCAGCUUAAAACAUUUAUUACACACUCUGUGCGGCUGCUGGCCGGGAUGCCUAGCAGCCGUGCGGGUGCAGUGCCAAUGGGCACGCUAUUGCAGGAGGUGCAUUGACGAGCCGCGUGCGGCUGUGAUGCCGUGCAACACGUUUGAGUUUUGCGGGGCGCACAAUGGCGACCAACAAUUCAUUGUGACUGUACUCUUAAGGCGACCCUUCACGGGUUCCCGCCUGAAUCGCGGAACUGGCACAGGUUCUGGGUUUAUGGUGGGCUGAUCGGUGGCGCUGCCAGGUGGCGGAGCGGUUAUUCAUUUUUUUACCGAGAGGCGUGUGAGUGAGUGUGUUUGCCGUCCUUUCUAUGAUUAGGGUAGGGCCAACUGACGCAGCAGCCCCAUUCCUUGACCUAGCGGGUAAAGUAGCGCUGUGCGUUUUGGGCCAGCAAUGCCUUAGGGUGCGAUACGUGCACCAGAGGAUUCCUUGACCUCACGCGUCAUUGCCAUUAGCGUCUAGCAAGGGCUUGACCCAUAGAGAACAAACCUCAUGCAGCUUAUUGUGCUGCUCCCUUCUAGCGCAAUAGCGCCUGCCUCAGUACGGCACAAUUGAUUCGGCUGGUGGUGUGUACCAUUGUUUGCUAGCGCCUGUGCUUCGGGCCUUAUUUCAAGCGGCGUGCGAUGCGCACGUGUACUUUUAGUUUGUGCCGUGGUUGACGAUUGCUCACCACGUCGUGGCGCCUGUGACGUCUCCUUCUUGGUGUGUUCGGGACCAUGCUUGAACCUUUCAAAGUGAGGUUGCUGAAUUGCAUACCUCGCCAAGCCCCACGGGGCCCUCGGAUACUUCCCGGUGCUUGUCCUAUGCAGGAGGUGCUGUGAGUGUGACGCAUGCAGCCCUCCACGUUGCCCCGUGCCCUGUGUCCUCCCAUGUGGAGGCCGGGCGCCACACACCUCACCGUCACAAACUGUAAGCAUGUGAGAGG